AUGGCCACCAAGCGCCACCGCCGUCCCACCCACGGCGGCAGCAACGACAACCACGGACUGCACCUUAGUUUACUGCUCCUGCUGCUUAUCCUCACGCCGUGGUGCGCCCACGCCCAACCCUCACCGCCCUCAGACGACAUCAGCAACGACAACGACAACAAUUACGGGAAGUUAAAUCCGACGGUGACCGUCGUGGUCCUCGCCAGCUUCAGCACCUUCUUCUUCCUUGUCGUCUUCAUCAUCUACAUCCGCAGGCGCACCGCCGAAGACAACUUCGUCAGGUCCUUCCACCACCGCGGCCCCGCCGCUCGGUCUCUGCGGCAGCAGCAGCGGCGGCGGCGGGUGAGCCCCCAGCUGAUCGAGACAUUCCCGACGCUGACGCACGCUAAAGUGAAGGGACUUGAGGUGGGCAAGGGCGCGCUGGAGUGCGCGGUGUGUCUCAGCGAGUUCGACGACGACGACGAGCUACGCCUCCUUCCUCGCUGCAGCCACUUGUUUCACACGGACUGCAUCGAUGUCUGGCUCGCUUCCCACGUCACCUGUCCCGUCUGCCGCGCCAACCUCGCUGAGCCAGCCACCGCCGACGGCGUUGAGCUGCCGCUUUUCGUCGCUGAGGUCGGUGACACGCAGCCCGAAACCGCCACCGCACCUGAUCAUGUCACGAUCGUCGUGGAUCGAACGGCGGCGGCUGAAGAGGAGAAGGACGAAGUGGCGCUUAUCGGGAGAUCGAGGCGGGAGGCCAGGCAGCAAUCCGGGAGCCGGCCAGCGAAGUUCUCGAGAUCGUACUCGACCGGUCACUCGGUGUUCCGGUCGCUGGAGGAUGUCGACCGGUGCACCCUAAGGGUGCCGGACCAAGAACUAAAUGAAAUCUUCGCCGCCAGGAAACUCGACCGGUCGGCGAGCUGCGUCGCAUUCCCGACCUCCGGGGAAGAGAGCUCUCGGCGUGGGCCCGGUACCCGUCGUUCUUCUUCCGGACGCUCUCGGUGA